AUGACGCAAAAAUGCAUUGAAAAAAAUUUUUUACUUACGAAAGAAAACAAAUGUCUUAUUUCUGAUUGUGACAAAACUGUUGAUCCUGUAAUAUCUGAACAAAGGUUUUCUGAAUCAUCUCAGUUUAGUGAAACUUCGGCUAUUGCAGAUAUGUUAGGCAAUAAUCUUGGACUAGACUCACCAAUGUAUACAUCACCAUUAUUAGGUCAGAAAGAACAUGAAGAAUCAGUAGAUAAAUCCAAUAAAAGACAGAAGAUAACUACUGAGGAGGGCGAAUCUUCUACAGUAAAAAAGCUUAUCAAAGAAUUAAAAGAUGAUAGUGUUAAUAAAGAUUUAAUAUUUGCUUCUCAGUUAUCUGAAGAUGGUUAUACUUAUCUUUACAAAGAAAUUGUUAAAGCCGAAGCUGAAAUGAUAUUGCAAGUCAAAAGGUUUAAAAAAGGUCCAAUCCCACAAAUCGGUGCAUAUG